UGGUGAUCAGGCCAAUAAGAAACACUGUGAGUUAGAGCAAAGCAAAGGGCUGCUCUUAUCUCACAUCUCACUCAUGUGUCCAGCAGAGUUCACACUCAGAUGAUCUGACACCUGAAGGCUCAGCGACAGCAGAGACAGAGAGAGAGAGACACUGACAGCAUAUAGCAGAGUGAGAGAGAGAGAGAGUAGUUACAGUAAAUGAGGAGACAUUAAUAAGACAGAGAACACAUCUGAAAUCUGCAGGAGCACAGCUGACACUGAGUUGACCUCCUCUGCCUCUUCCCCCUGAAAAGCAUGGAGGAGGCCGCUGGGGACCCAGAAACCACACUGGACCCUCCGUGUCUACUGGAGCGGCGGGCCCGCCAGAGACAGUCCACGGCCUCAGUGCUAAAAUCCAAGAUGAAGCGGGGCGUGAACUGCUCUGCACCCAGAGUCCGAUCCACUCUGGUCGGGUUCUUCCCUGUGGUACGCUGGCUGCCCAAAUACAGGCUCAGAGAGUACGUCUGGGGUGAUGUGAUGUCCGGGUUGAUUGUGGGUAUCAUCUUGGUACCGCAGGCCAUCGCCUACUGCCUGCUGGCGGGAGUGGAGCCCAUCUAUGGUUUAUACACGUCCUUCUAUGCCAACAUCAUCUACUUCCUCAUGGGGACAUCCAAGCACGUUUCUGUGGGGAUUUUUAGCCUCAUGAGCCUCAUGGUUGGACAGGUGGUGUAUAGGGAGGUUUACUUGGCCGGUUUUGAUCUCAGUGAUGAUUCCAAAGCAUCCGGAGCUGCUGUCUUAAAUGAUUCAAUGGGCCUAAACCUAACACUAGGGAAUGUACACAGUGUGGAGCUGAUGGGCAUGCAGUGUGGGAAGGAGUGUUACGCCAUCAGUACAGCUACUGCACUUACAUUAAUGGCUGGCAUCUACCAGAUCAUGAUGGCGGUGUUUCGUCUCGGCUUCGUCUCAGUCUACCUUUCAGACUCCAUGCUCGAUGGCUUUGCCACCGGAGCCUCUUUCACCAUUCUGACCGUGCAGGCUAAAUACCUGCUAGGCCUAAAGAUUCCCCGUCACCAGGGUUACGGCACAGUUGUAGUGACCUGGAUCAACAUCUUUGCCAACAUCCACACUACCAACUUCUGUGACCUCAUCACAAGUGCGAUCUGUAUCUUCAUAUUAGUGGCAGGGAAAGAGAUCCAGGAGCGCUACAAGGAUCGUCUGAAGAUCCCUCUACCGACUGAGCUGGUAGUGGUGGCGGGAGCUACACUGGCCAGCCAUUUUGGAAACCUGAACACCAAUUAUGGGUCCAGUAUCUCUGGUCACAUCCCCACAGGAUUCAUUCCCCCCAGUGUGCCCAGCGUUGAGCUGAUGUCGAGAGUGGCUCUAGAUGCUAUUCCUCUUGCUGUCAUUAGUUUUGCCUUUACAGUGUCACUGUCCGAGAUGUUUGCCAAGAAACACGGCUACACGGUUCGUCCCAACCAGGAGAUGCUGGCCAUCGGGUGCUGUAACAUCAUCCCCUCCUUCUUCCACUGUUUCACCACCAGUGCAGCACUCGCAAAAACAAUGGUGAAGGAUUCGACGGGCUGCCAGACACAGGUCUCCAGUCUGAUCAGUGCUCUGGUCGUCCUUCUCAUCCUGCUCUUCUUCGCGCCUUUUUUCUACGCACUCCAGAAAUGUGUUCUUGCCUGCAUUAUCAUUGUCAGCCUUCGGGGAGCGUUGAGGAAGGUCAGGGACGUCCCUGCCAGGUGGCGUGCCAGUCGGAAUGACGCAAUUGUUUGGCUGGUCUCAAUGUUCGCCACAGCUCUGAUCAGUGUAGAGCUGGGCCUCCUGGUUGGAAUUGUCUUUUCCAUGAUGUGCAUCAUCGUUAAGACUCAGAACGCUAAGUUCUCUCUGAUGGGCCGGGCCAACAACUCUGACCUUUACGAGGAUGUGGACGAGUACAAGAACCUCACACCGCCGACCCGGGUUCAGGUCUUCCGCUUUCAUUCUCCUCUGUACUACGCCAACAAGGACACUUUCCUCAAAUGUCUCUACAAAACUGUUGGGGUUGAGCCUUUCUUAGAAAUGACGAAGCGGAGGAAGGCGGAGAAGAAAGCCAAAGAGAUGUCCCUGCAGCAGGCCAACGCAAACUGUGAUAAAAAAAAUGGGGAGGUCGUUAUUGGACUUGUCCAAAGGGAGCUGGAGUUCCACGCGAUAGUCUUGGACUGCUCCGCAAUUCCUUUCAUGGACUCAGCAGGCACGGCUGCGUUCACAGGCCUGGUCAAAGAAUAUAAAGAGAUCGGGGUGAACGUGCUCCUCGCCAGCUGUAACACAUCCGUCAUCGAUACUCUGCGGAAGGGACAGUUCUUUGGGAAGAACGACAAAGACAUGAGCAGCUUGCUGUUUCACACGGUUCACACGGCAGUUCUGUACGCAAACAGUCUCCAGAGCAGUAAAGCAAGUGAAGCAGACUGAUCGACGGACAGACAAAUAGACAGACUGUAGCUUUUUCUUGAGUUAAUUUAAUCAUUUUACAGUUUAAUGUUCACACUUUUGUGUUUUAGUCCAACUUCAUAUAGAAUUCACUUUUUAAUCUCCAAGUUGUGCUUUCAAGAAGUUUACUAUACAGGAUUUUUCUGUCAUAUAUAUCACCUUCUGAGUGAUGACCUUGUUAAAUAUAAUUAUCUAAUUUUUUUUUUAUCAACUGUAUGAAAGUAAAAUUGCCAAAUGCAAACUUGCCAAAGGUACAACUUGUAUCAACUAACUGACUUUUUCUGUGUUCCUGGGUUGACUCAAUCUUUAUAUUUGUUACACUCUUUUUUUUUCUUUUUUUUUUUAAAUUUAAUUUCAAGGUGAUACGUUUGUUUUAAAGGGUUCAUUACCAAAACACUGUGGCUCCCUGGCGUUACUCCUUCAAACUCUAUUGAGGAUAUUUGGAGCUGCGUGGUGCAGUGAACAGCAGACGCGACUGUAUGUUGUGUUCGGCACAAGCAGGCAGUUAUUUAGGUGUGCGCUCGAUUUGAUUUGCAUUCAUUUGGCAAAGCACACAUUUCCAAUAUUGGACGAUAACGAUUGGGAGAAGCUAAAUACAUGAACUGAUUAAAAAAAAUGUUUGUUUAAGGGAAGGAAUUUUUUAACACGUCUUAAUCCUAGUGUUUGAUGCUUUAGUUCACUGUUUUGGAUGAAUAUUAGUGGUCAUUUUUUGAUUUCUUAUUAGUUAUUACAUUUCUUCAACACACAACACAUGGUUUAAAAAGCAACAAAAACUCUCGAGUUAAAAUGUCGAAGUAUUACUUUUACAUGCUUGGAAGAAAAGCUUUACGAGACUCAUAAAAUAGUGUGUGUGUGUGCAUGUGUGUGUGUGUGUGUGUCAGCCUCCGUCUCACGCUGAGAGAUAGUUGACUACAAACUAUGGUUCAUUACAAUACCCUUGUACUCUUGACCUGGUCUCUGCUCAGCCAACAGGAAAAAAUGUUUUAUGACUGUUUCACAUAAAAACAAAGGACUUGAAGACAUGUGAGAGCUCCUCCUCAGCUGCUGGACGACAGCUACUCAUUGUAGGUGCUUUGUUUGGUCAAAAUGUGCGUGUCGUUGCCGUUUAUUAUUGUUCGAUCAAAUAUGUUGUAAAAACACAAACAGCAAGCAUGCAGUGUUUGUGGAGUCACUGGUUAUUUUUCUGUCAUAAAUCUAGAUAACAAUAAUAAUGUGUAGGUUAAUAUUUGACCUUAAGAUUGUGAUAAUGUUUAUUUUGAUUAGCUAGGGAAGUAGCAUUGUCAAUUCUUUUAUUUGUUAUGAACAUUAUCAUUUUAUAAUUUUAUAACUUAUUAAUAAGUUCAGCAUUUCCACAUGUUUAACCUGAAUCAUAGUAGCUAUUUUUUUUUCUUGCUUCAAACACUGCCUUAAUGCUCAAAUGUGUGAAUUAAACUGAUAUGAUUUUUAAUAGAA